ACUACUGCUAGAACUAGAUGGUUUACUACUGCUAGAACUAGAUGGUUUACUACUACUACUAGAUAGACUACUAGGUAGACUACUAGACAAAAUAUUGCUAGAACUACUACUAGAUGGUUUACUACUGCUGCUGAAUAAACUAUUUCUGUUACUACUACUACUAGAACUACUAGACAGGAUACUAGACAGACUACUAGAUAGACUACUAGAUAAUUUGUUACUACUAGACAAUCUACUACUACUAGAUAGACUACUAGAUGGCUUGUUACUAUUAGAACUAGAUAAUUUGUUACUACUACUACUAGACAGACUACUACUAGAACUACUUCCAUUACUACUAGAUAAUUUACUACUACUUCCACUGUUACUACUAGACAGACUACUGGAACUACUAGACAAUCUACUACUACUAGACAGACUAGAAUCUGAUAAGCUAGACCCACUACUACUAGAAAGGCUAGACCCAUCACUUAUGAUACUUUGUCCUAGUGUCCACCUGAAGAAUACAUUUAUCACUGCAAAUGAUGACCAUCCGAAUAAAACUAUUCCUAAUCCACUUACUAGCAAUAUACUUAGUACUGUAGGCAGUGGUAAUUGUGUGGUACUGUAUAAGGAAUAG